CACCACAAAUGGGGUAGCCUCCCUUGAAACGUGUUCGGCAUCCAGCAUUGACUAUGUCUUUCAUCAUAUCGUCAGCUCGAUCGUCUCGUUCAUUAACCAGACUUUUGACGACAUCAGUUUGCAGUCCGGUAAAAGAUGAUAACAGGACAUCUAAAAAGUACAGCGGCAAUAAAACAUGCUCACUUCUUGGUCGUGAUCUACUAACUUUGAAACAUCUACGUGGGGAGGAAAUUCAGCAGCUCCUGUGGACGGCCAGUGAUCUAAAAACACGUAUUCAAGUUAAUGGGGAAGUAUUGCAACUACUGGCAGGAAAGUCUCUGUCAAUGAUCUUCCAGAAGCGAAGCACAAGAACGCGACUGUCUUCUGAGACAGGAAUGACUCUUCUUGGAGGAAAUGCUGUCUUUUUGGGUCCUGAAGAUGUCCACAUUGGUAUUAACGAGUCCAUGAAAGAUACAGCAAGAGUGCUGUCACGGAUGUCCGAUGUCAUACUUGCCCGCGUGUUUGAUCAGGAAGAUUUGGAAAUUCUGGCAGAUGAGGCUAAAAUACCAGUCAUUAGUGGUCUUAGUGAUCUGUAUCAUCCGCUACAGAUUUUAGCUGACCUUAUCACAUUACAGGAGCAUUUUGGAUACUUGAGGGGACUAAAGAUUGCAUGGGUUGGCGAUGGCAACAAUGUACUGCACUCCCUGAUGAUAGGCUGCUCCAAGCUGGGCAUAGACCUCAGUUUCGCCACACCCAAGGGUUAUGAACCAAAAGCAACAGUUCUGGAAGAUACUAUCCGUUUUGCCGCCAAGAGCGGAGCACAGAUCUUGAUGACCAACAACCCUGUAGAAGCUGUUUACAGAGCCGAUGCAGUUAUCACAGACACAUGGAUCAGCAUGGGGCAAGAGAGAGAGAAGAAGGAACGACUUAAGGCUUUUCAGGGCUAUCAGGUGUCUCACAAGAUGAUGAAGGAAGCUGGUGCAGACUGGGUGUUUCUCCAUUGUCUGCCUCGUAAACAAGAGGAGGUCACUGACGAUGUCUUCUACGACCCCGAGAGAUCACUUGUUUGGCAAGAGGCUGAGAACCGCAAAUGGACUGUGAUGGCUGUACUGCUACAUCUACUGACAGACUAUGUGCCAACAACACCACGACCAUGCUUUAUGAGAGGCAACUGAGGAUCAUCUUGUGAUGACGGUUUGUAUUCUCCAGACUCGGCUACUGCUUAUAUAGUGGGGCAUGAGAACAUCUUCCUUCACACAUUAUACAGUCUUUGCAGUUUCUGCUGAGGUGAUUGGACGCUUCACUUUGUGCAACUUACCCACUCCCAGCUGAAAGAGUGACAAAAAAAUAACAAUAAAGAACUUCCAUAACUGGAAUAAUUAUACUUUAAUGAGGAUCUAUUGGAGGACAAAUUUAGUGCCAGCAGUUGGGGUAAUUGCAGUACCAAUAGUGUAUGUUGAAGUUGUUUUGAUUAAUCCAAGGAUACAAGGUUACCAUCUGGGUUUGAAGCACAAGGGAUGUCCAAGAGAGAUGAAUGAGACAUCCAUAUGGCAAAAAGAAAUGAUGUUAAAGGGUGAUAAGCCAAGAUUGCAAUGGUACCAUCUGAGUUGUGGUUCAUGAAGAAUAUCCUAAAGGAAAGACAAAACAUCCAUGUUGCAUUCCAAAAUAUGAUGCAUUGAAUAAAGGUACAGGACCUUGAUUCAGUUUGUUGGCUGUAAGGAACACACAUGAGGUGCUACUAUAACAGGGCAUCAUGAUUUCAAUAUUGUGUCCAAAAGCGGUUUGACUGGAUAAUGGUGCAUCAAAUACAUGCAGUGAUAAGGGUCCUUGCUCUUCAUUACUGGCUUCUCAGAACAUGAGCCACUGACAUGACGGAGGCAACUCCCAGCUAACAAAUGAUAUGCAUUCUAUACAUAAUCGUUUGCCCCUCUGAGUAUCUGAAGCUAACUUCUGAACUUAAACGUAACAGAUGGUCAAUACAUUUUGGACAUCAUUAACACCUUCCUGUUGACUGUAAUUAUGCUAGACUCCCUCAAAAUCGCAGAGGCGGUUCGGUGGCGCAACGGUUAGUGCCUCUCACCAAUGCAGUGAAGAUUGGCUGUCCUGGGUUCAACUCUCGUCUCGGGCACGCUGUUCUUUCUCUGCACGUAGCAACUGUUUACAUGGCUGACUGCCUUGCCGUAAUGUAGCCUUAGUUGCUGGCACAGCGUAAAACACCCCCCCCCCCCAAAAAAAAAAAAAUAUCCCCUUUGUGUGCCCCAACCUGAAAAAAUCCAGUCUUGAUGCAAAGAAGCUUAAAAGGUGCUGUCCCAUUCUAACCUGACAUUAUCUUCUGCUUUAUAUGUCAAUUUACCUAUGGUCUCUAUUGCAGUACACAAUAUUUGUCUGCCUAACCUUGGACCUAGUUAAUGCCACUGGUAAUGGUGCUUGUUCUUCUUAAUCUGUUCACCACAUUUGAUACAACUCUUUCUUGGUUUUAGAGCUACUUCCAUGACCCGGAUCUGAGAAGGAUAUCAGCUCCCAUUCUUCUCAUUAACCCUCGACACUAGUUAGUGAGUCUCUGUCACCAGUGAGUGCCAUGACCUCCACCAUUUCCCCUGCGCAGAUGGCAUGCAAUUAUACAGCAGCUCUUCACUGACAGAAUUGCUGAAUUUCUUUUCUCCACCACACCUGCUUUUCCAGCAUCAGAGGUGGAUGACAAAGAACAAACUAAAGUUGAACCAUGAAAAGACAGAAGCGCUGCUCGGUGGCACUAGACUUGAUACCAUCUCCACCAGUCUGUCCGACGCUAUGGUCCACUUUCAUCUAGUGUCAAAAAUUACUGUCUUUCUGGACUCCACUAUCUCUAUGCAGACCAACAUAACUUUGGUUCAGUGUUUCUUUCAUGCUGACACCUUUCCACUAUCCACCAGUACUUGAUUCAUGAGGCAAGCUGGUCGUUUUCUUCUUACUCUCCCCCCUCCCCUCCUGGACAAAUGUAACUCCCUUUUGCUGGCCCGUGUGAUCACUACACUCCACAACCUUCAAUGUGUCUAGAAUACCUUUGCCUGCCUGGUGCUACAGAAGUGUGCUAGACCAUGUUACAUACCCGCCUUUCCAUACUUUACUAACUUUACAGGCUGCCAAUCACAAACUACAUUACUUGCUGGAUUGCCUAUGUACAAAUGCCUCAAUGACAUUUCUUUCUGCUUCAACAUCUAGUCUUCAUCCAGCAUAGUUUUGCUGAGCAUCUGAUACUCUUUGGCUUCACCAAACGGGUCAGCUGGCCAGAAUGCACUCAUCUUUACUGGUCCAUGUGCUGAGGACAUUCUCCACUUGCCCUUCACAAGGUCGCCUCUUUAGAUGGUUUGGCAGCAGCCUAACCCUCAUCUCUUUAAAAUACUUACAUAUUUGCUAGCAGCUGACCUCAACAGUGCCUUAAACCAUUUCACAGGAUCAAUGCACUAUAGGUCUCCUAAUAUUAGUACUAACAAUUAUGCGCUUCUUGAAGGCACUGGCAACGAACUGCCACAAGAUACUACACCAUUCUGUCACUAGCGACACUUUCAGUUAUUGAGCAAGAUGGAGUCCUAGAUGGACUUUGAUUGUAUGAUUGAAGCUUUUUUGGGGGGCAAUCCUGUUUCUGCUAUUAUUGGAAAGCUCACAGUACAACAGAUGAUGGGGAAAAGGGUUGACCUCUCUGACAAUUAACUGACAAUGAUGUCCUCUCUGACAAUUAACUAGUUCUGCUGGAUGGCAGCUCUUGCAAGGUGUCACAGACCCAAUAGCAGGCGUGGGCGAUUAGUUUUCCCAAGGGGCCGCAAGAGAAAUUGGGAUGGUUUUAGAGGGCCGGACUAAUAUAGUUAACUCAGUUUUACCCAAGUAAAAGUCACUGGAUUUGCUGUUGCUCACUGAGACGUGGCUUAGGGAGGCUGGAGAUGAAUUUGUUAUUAGGCAAAUCACUCCUGUGGGAUAUUCGUUCAUUCACAAUCCCAGGUCUGGAGAUAGAUGUGGUGGUGGGAUUGCUGCUGUAUACAAGAAAUCCGUGCUUCUGAGGCCGUUGGUGUCAGAAACGUUCAAGACUUUUGAGUCACUCAGUUUUGCCCUCACUCGUGGUUCACUGACGUUUCAUGUCUUGCUUCUAUAUCGCCCUCCUUACUCUAGAAACAACAAAGUGACUAAUUCAGCGUUCUGUGAAGAGUUUAUUCCCCUGGUCUCCAACCUAGCUGCUGCCAACAAAUACUUGUUAAUUCUUGGAGAUGUGAAUCUUCAUUUUGAUGUGCCAUCUGACCCUGAUACGAAGAGACUUUGUCAGCUGUUGGAUUCCCUUGAUCUUGUUCAACAUGUCAACUCCCCUACCCACUGUAAGGGUCACACCUUGGACUGGGUUAUUGCGAGACCUGGCCAUCA